GAAGCGUCAUUUCCGCUUUGUCUUCCGUCGGACCGCGAACUUUUCAAAACGGACGUUGUGAACAGACGAUUAAAUACCUGCGCACAUGGCGUCCAUCGAAGAUCAUGACAUGAUUGAUGGCUUCAUCAAAGAGUUGGAGGACUUCCACAACCAGCAGCAGACGGUGAAUGGGGAGAUCAUGGACUCCGUCACAGAGCUGUGUCAGUCUCACAGGCACUUUGUGAAGUCUGCUCUGGAUGCAGGUUUUGCAAAAUGCAAGGAUGAUGACGUCAUGUUUGUCAAGAUCGAAUCGUAUAAAAAGGAGUCUCAGCAAAAAGGCGGCCUGUUGAACGAAAAGUACACGGCUGUCGCGGAUGUCGUGUCUGAGAUUCAACACAAGGAUGCGUACAAGGACAAGCUGAUCCAGGAGAUUGAGAAACUCAAAGGAGAUCAGGCCACCAGGAGAGAGAUGAUCCUGUCACAGACCAAAGCAAACAAGAACAAACUAAAGAAUCUGCAGAAAGCCAGAACUGUCUUUGAGAACCAUUUGGGUUUGGAGAUUCGAAAGAUCCGUGAAAAGACACAAAUGGAUGCAGGUGAAAAGCUGCAGUUUGUGUACCGGAACAUCAACCCUGCCAACCUCGACAGCGCCUACGUGGUCACCAUGGGCCUCCGAAAGGACGGAGCGUAUCAGCUCAUGUCCAGUGACCCUCAGCUGGAGUGUUUGCCAGACUUGGAAAAACACCUGCAGGAGACCAACAACUUACCGGUGUUCCUGGCAAACUUGAGGAAAGCCUUCAUCUCAGUCGCCCAGGAGGGAAAGAACUUUUAAAGACGCAUAUCUUUUAAUUGAAUUGUUGUAGCUUCUGCUCAGUCAUGUUUUAGAUUGUGACUUGUUUGUAGUUUCUGAUUUACCUUUUGUUCACUAGAAAACUGCUCAUAGAGAGCAAGCACGAUUCAAUCUAAGGUAUUUACAUCAGCUCAGAUUUCUCUGCUCACUAUGGCAUUUAUAAAAUGCCGCUUUCCAACUGCUCUGCUGCUCACUUUUGUACAUACAAAUAAAAAGUCAAACGUUUAUGUGUGUGUAA